AUGCCUCGAAAUUAUCUGAGAAAAGCUUCGGAUAGAUGCGUCGUCACAGAUGAACAACUGGAAGCCGCCAAAUUAUUAAUUUCAAAGGGUGCCAGUAAAAGAAAAGCUGCAUCUCAAGUCGGACUUAAGGAAAGUACUCUGCGAAAACGUUUAAAAGCUGGGAAGACAGCAACCAGCAUGGGAAGAUUUUCUUUGACAUUCACCAAGGAGCGAGAGACUGAUAUAUACAAAUAUAUUAAACAAAGUGAUGAUCUUUAUUAUGGUCUCACAAUGCAGAACCUCCAGAAGUUGAUUUAUGAGUAUGCUGAAGUAAAUAAAAUUACGCAUAGAUUCAAAACAUCCUCAAAAUUAGCUGGCCGAGGCUGGGUAUAUGGAUUCCUUAAAAGGUUUCUUGAAUUAAAAUUGCGACAGCCAGUCCCAACUAGUAUUGCCAGAGCCAUGGGAUUCAAUAUAACUCAAGUACAAAGAUUUUAUGAUAAAUUGCAGAGCCUCUACAAUAAACACAAAUUUGUACCCAGCCAAAUAUAUAAUAUGGAUGAAAGUGGAGUGAGUACUGUACCAAAGAAAAUACCAAAAGUAAUAUCGGUGAAAGGAAAAAAGCUGGUGGGAAAAAUAGUUUUCCUGAAUUAA